UGACAGGAACCGUUAUCUGUGAAGAUAAAAGCAGGCUGACGAGAAGAGUAUUGAGUCUUGAGAGUUGAAGAGAAGUGACAUGAAUUCUGUCGUUUUAACGGCUUUUGCGUUUCUACUUUUACAUGAAUGCAGCGGUCAGACCUGCCCCAAUGACUGGACUUACUAUGAAGGGUCGUGUUACCUCUUUGUGAAUGACAACACCAACUGGUAUAACUCCAAGACCAUCUGUGAAACUCUUCGUUCCCACCUGGUGGAAGUGACUUCUGCUGCAGAAAACAACUUCGUCACCAACAUUGUGAAACUACACAGAGUUGAAAACAUUUGGUCAGGCCUGCAGGACUUUGCAGAGGAUGGUAACUUUGUGUGGUCGUCAUCACUACAGCCACCUGAUUACACCCACUGGCAUGCAAAUGAGCCUAAUGACUCCGGAGGUAGAGAAGACUGUGUAGAGUACUGGCGAGUGGAACGACCGACCAUGUGACGACUACAAGGGUUACCCCUUGUGUGAACAGCUUGCCGCCGGCGAGCCAGUUGGCUGAAGCUGACGUCUGCUGGAAAAGCAAGCAAAGACAACAGUUCGAGCUUGCAAUUUAUUGUGCAUUUAGCAAGUCUCCAAAAAUGAGAAAACUUUGCAUGUUUAUCUCAUCUCAGAUCUUACGGGAAAUGAAACAAUAAAAAUAAUACGUUGCGUGCA